GGGCGGAUCUGACUCUGGGGUACUGCAAUCUGAUUGGUCUAGCCUGUGCUGACCAGGAAGUAGAUUCAGAGAUGUUUAGUUAGGAUUGCUUCUUCCUCUUACUUUGGUUAAAUUCUGUCCAAUGAAAAAUAUUGUGAGUGGGGGAAACAUGGGCAAAAUGUUACUUAUUUAAGCGCAUUUGAACGUCUAUUAAGCAAGCAUAGUAACUAUGGUAGUUACUUGGUGGUAGGCUGUAGUGAACUGCCGUAAAAUGCUUUCAGUCGCGGCAAUUAGUGCUAUUGAGCCCUUCUGGUGCUUUUUUGUUACAUAUUUUACUACACGGGUUGUAUAUAUUGUUAUGAAAUACAGUAGAAUAUGUAAUGUUACUUACUAAGUAAUUAUAGGACGAGCGAUCUUUUCAGCCGUGCCACUUUAUCGUCGCAACUCGUUAGCUGUUUACACAGGAGGCGGCUAUCUUCCAUCGUAGAACAUCUCCAGUGUCAAUGUCAAAUGAUCCUGGAUCAGCUCCAAACGCUCGAUCUACCUCUAAAAUCCACUCAGACCGGAGGAGAAAGCGUAGACUGGGAUAAGGAAGCCGGCGAGAAAAGUCCGCUAAUGAGGAUCGAAAUCAUUCACACAGCACAACCGUUUCCAGCAUGAAUUCCCUUACAGGACGGACCGCGUCGCUUCUCUUCAGACGUGCUGCGACAGCGGCCGGUGUGCCCUCCUUUCAGGCGGUGAGGGUCUGCCAUGGCGAGGCGAGUCGCAAACGCAGCGUUAGCACCAAGAAGCGCGGCUAUGACAUCACCAGGAACCCUCACCUGAACAAGGGAAUGGCGUUCACCUUAGAGGAGCGCUUACAGCUGGGCAUCCACGGCCUGCUGCCCCCUUGCUUCCUGUCCCAGGAUGUCCAAGUGCUCCGUGUCAUGAAGAGCUACGAAACACGCUCGAAUCCUCUGGACAAGUACAUCCUGCUGAUGACGCUGCAGGACAGGAACGAGAAGCUGUUCUAUCGAGUGCUGACCUCUGACAUCGAGGAGUUCAUGCCCAUCGUGUACACGCCCACUGUGGGCUUGGCCUGCCAACAAUACGGCCUGGCCUUCAGGAGGCCGCGAGGACUCUUCAUCACCAUUCAUGACAGAGGCCACAUUGCCACUGUGCUCAACUCCUGGCCUGAAGAGGACAUUAAGGCGAUCGUGGUGACAGACGGCGAGCGAAUUCUCGGCCUUGGCGACCUGGGCGGCUACGGCAUGGGCAUUCCCGUCGGGAAGCUGGCACUCUACACGGCCUGCGGCGGAGUACGGCCGCAACAGUGCCUUCCCGUAUUGUUGGAUGUGGGCACGGACAACCAGAACCUGCUCAACGACCCCUUGUACAUCGGCCUGAAGCACAAAAGGAUCCGGGGAAAGGAAUACGACGCACUUGUCGACGAGUUCAUGCAGGCGGUGACGGACAAGUACGGCAUGAGCUGCCUGAUCCAGUUUGAGGACUUCGCCAACAGCAACGCUUUCCGCAUCCUCAACAAGUACAGGAAUCGCUACUGUACCUUCAAUGACGACAUCCAAGGCACGGCCUCUGUCGCUGUCGCCGGGAUCUUGGCGGCUUUGAAGAUCACCAAAAACACACUGCUAGACCACACCUUCGUUUUCCAGGGCGCCGGCGAGGCUGCUCUGGGGAUCGCUCACCUGCUGAUAAUGGCCAUGGCCAAAGAGGGCGUGUCCCGGGAAGAAGCCGCCAAAAGGAUCUGGAUGGUGGACUCCAAAGGUCUCAUCGUCAAGGGGAGAAGUCAUCUGAACCACGAGAAGCUGGAGUUUGCGCAUGAGCAUCCUCACCUGAAGACCCUAGAGGAGGUGGUGCACACAAUCAAACCCACCGCCAUCAUCGGAGUCGCCGCCAUCGCAGGGGCGUUCACCGAGAAGAUCAUCAAAGACAUGGCGUCUUUCAACGAGCGGCCCAUCAUCUUCGCCCUGAGUAACCCCACCAGCAAGGCCGAGUGCACGGCGGAGCAAUGCUACACGCUCACCCAGGGCAGAGGCAUCUUCGCCAGCGGGAGUCCCUUCGACAAGGUGACGCUGGCCGACGGCCGCACUUUUUACCCCGGACAAGGAAACAACGCCUACGUCUUCCCCGGGGUGGCGUUGGGGGUCAUAGCCUGCGGAGUUCGCCACAUAUCAGACGACAUCUUCCUGACUACAGCAGAGGCCAUCGCCGACAUGGUGACAGAGGAGCACUUGGCCGAGGGACGACUCUACCCUCCUCUCAACUCCAUCAGGGAGGUGUCCUUUAAGAUUGCAGUCAAGGUGGUCAACUACGCGUACACACACAACAUGGCGUCGAUGUACCCCGAGCCCAAGGACAAGGAGGCGUUUGUCCUCUCUCACAUCUACAGCCCCGACUACGACUCCUUCACGCUGGACACCUACUCUUGGCCGCAGGAAGCCAUCAACGUACAGGAUGUGUGACGUCAUCACGUGCGACCAGUACACCUGCUACGCUU